CGCGCGCGACACCCCUCCUACACCGCGCGCUAAAGUUAUCCACUUCAACUACUCCCAACCCCUAAGCAGACUUUGUCAUCCAAAACUAUCAGACCUUUUAAGAAAACACUGCAAAGAAUUAAGUAACCUUUGUUCACUCGAGAGCGUUUGGAGUACCCCCUCCCUGGCGCGCGCUGCAUCUUGUUCUUGCGGUGGUUAUUUUGCUCAUGCCCCCCUCCGCACGAAACGACAGUGUUUAUCUUUGUUUGAUUUUUUUGGAGGUUUCACAUCCCCGCGAUAGUCUGACUGGAUAUCAAUUUUUCAUUUUUUUAUUUUCCCCUUUUCGAAAAGAGGACUUAAGUGCAUUUUUAGUCAUUAAGGAAACAUUCAUCAACAAGUCUGGACUUGCUUUCGCAGUUUAAUCAUCAGCCUUACUGUGCCUCGUCAUUUAUUAAAAGUAGAAUGUCAUCUUUACCGGGAACAGUACCGCGAAUGAUGCGACCGGCUCCAGGACAGAACUAUCCCCGCACUGGAUUCCCCUUGGAAGUUUCAACUCCUCUGGGUCAAGGUCGAGUGAAUCAGCUUGGCGGAGUAUUCAUCAAUGGCAGGCCUUUGCCAAAUCAUAUCCGUCACAAAAUUGUUGAAAUGGCUCACCACGGCAUCCGUCCCUGCGUGAUCUCCCGACAACUUCGCGUUUCCCACGGUUGUGUGUCCAAAAUCCUCUGCCGGUAUCAAGAAACUGGCUCAAUCCGUCCGGGAGCAAUAGGAGGAAGUAAACCCAGACAGGUGGCAACACCUGACGUGGAAAAACGAAUCGAAGAAUACAAGCGCGAAAAUCCCGGCAUGUUCAGUUGGGAGAUUCGGGACAAACUGUUGAAGGACGGUGUGUGUGACAGAAGUACAGUUCCCUCAGGUGAGGCCGCAUCUGUAAGUUCUAUCAGCCGGGUUCUACGUGCGCGUUUCGGCAAAAAAGACGAUGAGGACGAUUGCGACAAAAAAGAUGACAGUGGGGAGAAAAAAACCAAGCACAGCAUUGACGGCAUACUGGGAGACAAAGGUCGAAUGGACGAAGGCUCGGACGUCGAGUCUGAACCGGACCUGCCCCUGAAGAGGAAGCAGAGGCGCAGUCGGACCACUUUCACAGCCGAGCAGCUGGAAGAGCUGGAGAAGGCCUUCGAAAGGACACACUACCCAGACAUCUACACCAGAGAGGAGCUAGCCCAGAGAACCAAGCUUACCGAGGCCAGAGUACAGGUUUGGUUCAGCAAUCGACGAGCCAGGUGGCGUAAACAAGCUGGAGCUAAUCAACUGGCGGCAUUUAACCACCUGUUACCUGGAGGAUUCCCACCCACAGGCAUGCCCACUCUACCAACAUACCAGCUUCCUGAGUCCACCUAUCCUUCAACAACAUUACCACAAGAUGUCAGUGGCACAGUGCAUCGGCCCCAGCCCUUGCCCCCCUCCACCAUGCAUCAGGGCGGGCUCUCGAGCGACAGCAGCUCCGCCUAUGGCCUCUCGUCCAACCGUCACGGUUUCUCCAGCUACACCGACACCUUCAUGAGCCAGUCAGCGUCCAGCAAUCACAUGAAUCCUGUGAGCAAUGGACUAUCUCCACAGGUGAUGAGCAUCCUCAGCAACCCCAGUGCCGUGGCCCCUCAGCCCCAGCAUGAGUUCUCCAUCUCCCCUCUGCACAGCAGCCUGGAGGCCUCCAACCCCAUCUCAGCCAGCUGCAGCCAGCGCUCCGAGCCUAUCAAGACCGCCGACAGCCUCGCUUCCACCCAGUCCUACUGCCCUCCUACGUACAGCACCACCAGCUACAGCGUGGACCCCGUCACUGCGGGCUACCAAUACAGUCAGUACGGCCAGACUGCGGUGGAUUACCUGGCUAAGAAUGUGAGCUUGUCCACGCAGAGAAGGAUGAAGCUCGGAGAGCACUCGGCUGUGCUCGGACUGCUACAGGUGGAGACGGGACAGGCGUAUUGAUGGAUCUCGAACUGAACAUCCACCCAUGUGUUUCACCAGCAUCCCUCCAUUCUUUCUGCAGCGCCCACACGCGGACCAUCUGACUAGGAGCGAACAAGACGAGACCAAGAGAAAUUUUAAAAUCAUAGGCAGUCUUAGACUUUCUACCUAUAGCAGUGUGAAUACAAAAGCCAUUCCACAUAAAAAACAGACACUAUUGUGCCGCAUCUCCUUAUUCGUCCCGAUCCUUUCUCUCUUCCACAACAAAGAGACCCUUUCAGGGCUUCAGAAAGAAGCCGAGGGAAAAUGAGCAUCAAUUGUCUGAUCCCAAAUCACUAAAGCCCUGCCUGUCGGCAUCCAGUGUUAGCACACAUAGGCUACUGCUGUAGCCGCUUGCCCAUUCCAAACUGAUCGGACCAUGUUGUUUAUAGGACUGAAAAUGAUGGUAUUAUAAUUAUAUUUGUUAUUAUAAAUGUGGUUGUUCCUAUUGCUGUUGCAUUUACUAUUGUAAUUACUCUUUGUUUACAUGUUUCAUUUUUAUUUUUUCUCAUGUUUAGUUCCUGUUUCUAUUUUAACCACAAGGCCUUGCUCUGCAACAUUACUUUUCUGAUGGAUAUACACGGAGAAACGCUGACAGCGUGGCAGGCUGUUUGCAAAUCUACAACGAACAUAUACAGUUUGCUCACUGAGAUCUUAAACCUGACAUUCCACAAAACCUGGGCUAGUCGUUGGGGCCUUGAUAUGGGGCAAAACAGCAGUCUGUGUCCUGCUCUAUAUGGGUAGAAAGUGUUUGAGGGUGAAUUAUCAGUGUUAUUUAUGAUCAUUUCAUUUUAAAAGCAUACAUUGUUCUGGAAUAUGACGACCAAAUGACAAAAAUACAUAGUUUUGAUUCUAGGAUUUUUUUUUUUUUUUUUUGCAAUGAACACAGGCUAAUUCUUCUCUGUGGUUACUAUAAUUACCAUUAUAAUGAGCCCUUAUGGGCAAAUGCCAUUUUUAGCAUUUUAUGGCUUUUUAUAUACUUUCCCAUAUGCUUCUUGGCUAUUCAUGGAAAGUAUAGAUAUAGCGUAAAAUUUAUCCAAGAACUUAAAAGCAAUCAGAUAAAGGCUGAAGGGCGAUUUGUGAAUUCAUGUUUCAGAUAUUUUGAAAGGGGAUGUACUAAAUUGGUAGCACUUUUUUAUUCAUGAGGAACUUCAUUUGUCUCUGUGGUCACUGUAAAAUAAUGCACUGAAACUGUACAAUGGGAAUCCAAAUCUUAUGCCAAGUUACAUUUCAAAAGUGUGAUGGAAUAAUUGUCUUAAAAAAUGUCCAAGAUAUUACAUUGAGAGUAUGGAAUAUAUGACCACAUUUAUGGAUUCCGUGUUUACAUUCAAUGGCUCCUUAUUCCACCUUUUCUCAGCUGUGUUUUUAACCUCAGAGACAAUUUCUGUGGCUAAGAUGAACUGAAACUAAACUGCUCCGGUGUCGCUAAAGACGUGCCCUAAAAUGCCAUAUAUAUAUUCAGGACAAUAACUGAAACAUGAACACAUGACCAUGUGCCAACUUAAGACUGAGGACAUUUCCAUUUUAACACUUAAAAUAUUUUGUAGUAAACAAAAAAGACAAAAAAAGAAAUGUGAAAAAAAAAAAAAAUCAUGUUUUUAGUGUGUAGCACUCAUUUCUACUGCAAUCAUUAAUCUACCUUUGGGAUAUUUAAAGCACUAUCCGACUAGGCGAUACACCUUUCCCAAAUAUCCUUUCAACCUCAGUUGCUCUUUAUUCUUUCGUUGUUUACCUUUUUGCGCAUAUGUAUUUUCCUUUGAUUUAUUUCCGUUCAGCAUGUGUGUAUAUUAUCAUGGCAUAAUUUAUUCAGCUGUAUGAAAUACUAGCGUAGUGGGAACUUGUAUUGGCAUUUACUACCUUCAGCCUGUUGGUGUCUUUACUGUAGCACUGGCAUAUCUGUUAUGGAUUAAAGCUCAAAAAAGUGGACAAAGAAA